GGGGAUUAGAAAUGUCAUGUAGAAUUCAUAUUAUAAAGCACUCGCCAUCCUAGCUUGCUUGUCCCCAGGCGAGAGAUAGUAGAAAACUGGUAAGAACCGGUGAACUGUCAUUGAACCCAUGAUUGAUCAUGAGCCACGUUACAGCCAGAUCGAGGUACUAGGCACCUUAUCAAUAACGAGCCAUGGCUGCUAGACUCUUUGUGGGGCAACCCCCCAGGGAAGCCUCAACCCCGGUGCAAUCAAACAAACCUAUACCAAAGAACCAGCUUGAAGUACGCAAGAAGAGAAUUCGAGAUUUCGUCUUCUUACACGACAAUAUCCACGUUAUGAGCGGUUUGGAGGACGGCACGAUACAUAAGUGGGACUUCGACACAGGACUCGCUGUCGGGAAGCCAUUAAUAAGCAAGGGGGGAAGGAUGUAUGCGAUGUCUCUUUCACCGGACGGGAAGAUGAUUGCAUGCGGGAGGGCAGAUGGAAGCGUUCAACAGUUGAACACUCAUGGACAAAUCAUGCUUCAAGGUAUCUGGAGGUGUCAUAGGAACUAGGGUGCGGUCGCUCUCAUGGUCUCCCAGCGGAGGUUAUAUCGCCAGCGGAUCCUUCGAUGGAGAAAUCCUGAUUCGAAAAGUAGAAAGUGGGGAUGUAGAGGUGGGCCUAAUCCAGACGAAGCAAAUCGGUGUAUCUGCACUUGCAUAUUCACCUUCGGGAGAGAAGAUCGCAUCAGGCGGGUACAACGCUACAAUCUGCAUCUGGAACACGAAGACAGGCCAGCUUACCGUCGGGCCCAUUAAAAACCUGUGGAGCUCUGUGAUGUCGGUGGUGUGGUCGUCAGACAACACUAAACUUUAUUCUGCAUCCGACUUCUUUGCACGUGUUUUUGAUGGCGAAACAGGUGUACUACUCCAUUCCUUGGAGAACGACCAUAUAUUGUUUUCUGUUACGCUUUCACCCAAACACAAUCUCCUAGCAUGUGUGGGCAGUAAAGGUGUUGCACAACUAUGGGACACAGAAUCCUACCAGCCACUUGGACAGCCAUUUCACGACCACCUGACCCAUCGUCAUGUGGCAUUUUCUCGAGACGGGAACCAUCUAGCAUAUUGCGGAAUGGACGGGAAGGUUACUCUCUGGAUGGUGGAAGACAUAGUUCCUGAGCUUGAAGCAUCCACACUACCUCAACAAGAUCAUGGACAACUUGAAGCUACGCAGCAGCCUGAGGAGACUCUGGCCGAGCUACACCAAAGAACUCAACCCCAGUCCCCAUUGUCUUCUUUCCUCGACGUUGAUGCUACGGGGAGUGAUGGUAUCACCGAGGAGAUGCGCGAUGACCCAUACAAUUUUUUCCAGUUUUCUCAAACUUCUCUUCCUACCACAACAGCGAAUCCCCCUCAGCCUCCCAACCCGUCCCCAGCUCGACGCUUCUGGAAAAUAAUAUCUCAGUCUGUUCCAUCACGAGCAUGCACCGAGCGCAAGCUCUUGGCAUGGCGGGCUUGCUCAAAUACAUUCCUUGAGCCUGCAACCACGACACUCGAGCAACCAACACCAGACGAGAAGUUGCGGGCAGAAGAAAAUGAUAAGGCCAGUAUCCAAGAUGCCGAUGUAAGUAGUGUUUCUGCUAUUGAACAAAUCAUCUCAAUGCGAUGGGUGAUCAGUAUUCCCCAAAUGCUGGCCUGGGCUCCAACAGACUAGAAGCAGAUGAAGGCAAGCUACGAGGAAGGUCUCUUACCAGCACGCAAAGCUCACCUGCAGAGAUUUGGAAAUGGUCGAUGCAUACUCGAGGAAAGGAUCCUACAUCCGUCAGCAUGGCUCCGCAUCCAGAAGUCGUUGAGGCGUUUGCGGUGCGCGGGUUCCAG